AUGUCUGGUGAUGCGGCUCAGAUGAUAAAUGAGCGCCUCGUGCUGGACUGUGGAGGUGUUUUGUCCGUGCCCAGCCAGUACGGUCAAGAAAAGUACGAUGGCGACGAUAUUUACAAGUCCGCGAUUCCUGGAGCAUAUGCCUUCUGCCAGAAGUUCAUGAAGCAGUAUGGCAGCAAUGAGCUCCAGGUGAUCAGCCGUGUCAACUUCCCCUCCAGCAAGAAGCACUGGGUGGUUCGCUUCUGCGAGUCACUCGGUCUCUCCGAGAACCAGGUCCACUUGGUUACCGACAGGAAGGACAAGGGGCCGAAAGCUCGUGAGCUGGGGUGCGCCGUAGCUGUGGACGACCAGUCCGACUGUUUGUAUCACAUCGGUGUGUGCUGCCAUGACAUUUUGCACGACGUGAAGCCGCUGAUCCUGUUCUCUGAGAAAGGCUACAGGAACACCCAACACAAGUGGGACAAUUGGGUCCAAAACCGAGUCACCCGUACCACGUCUUGGCUUGCCGUGGCUCGCUUCUGUGCCUUGGACGUGUCAGGCUGGGAGGAGCUUGGCCAAAUCGGUCCUCCCAAUCGCUGGCACAACGAAGCCACGACAAAGAGAUGGUUUCAAACGUGUGAGCCACAGCCCGCGGCUGCUCCGGCCGCAAAGCAAAAGAAGGAAGUAACGGCUGAACCGGCCGAGGAGCUUCCAAGGAAAAAAACGAAACUAGAGACGACGGCUGCUUCGGCAAAAAAGAAAAAACCUGACGACGAGUACUCGUACGAGUACUACAGCGACUCAGACGACAAGCCCGCCGCCCCGUCCGCGUCGUCCUCGUCGUCGGAGCUGUCUGUCCGCGUAGUUAAAGGGGAAACAAAAGCGGCUGCUUCGGCCGACGAAGACGACAGAGCGGCUGCUCCGGCCGAAAAGGACGACAGAGCGGCUGCUCCGGCCGAAAAGGACGACAGAGCGGCUGCUCCGGCCGAAAAGGACGACAGAGCGGCUGCUUCGGCCGAAAAGGACGACAUCGCGGCUGCUUCGGCCGAAGAGGACGCAAAGAAAGAAAAAAAAGAGAAGAAGGAUAAGCGGGAGAAAAAGCAUAAACAUGAUGAUAAAUAUUAUGAUAAAAAGCCGGCUGCUUCGGCCGUAAACCUCAAGCCGAACCCAGAAACUGAGAGGCGCGCUCUCAGAGACGAGAUGCGGGAUCUGGCUGAGAGAACCACCAUGAUGGCUGAGAGAGCCGAGGCAGCCGCGGCUCAAGCGUCAGCCUCGUCGUCGCAGCGUCCACAAGAGGCUUCCUUCACGUCCUGGCAGGGCCGAAACCCCGACUCGGAGUGGAUGCGACGCAAGAGAGAGCGGGAAAAGGCAAAGGCAAAGGCAAAGGCCAAGUCAAUUGAAGGAGUGACGGCCAUGGCUGAUUCGGCCUGGGCGGACAAUUCUCAGGGCAACCUGUGCGCGGAACACUUGAUCCGCGUGCACGAGGCCCUUAAAGCGAUCCGCGACUGUUCUGUUUUUGACGGGAUCGAUGCGGCAGAACCGCUCACGAUUGCUCAGGGCGGGCAUCAAGAGCCUUUCGCGAUCGGCCAAGCUGUCAAGGUCUUCCAGAGGGAUGCCACAGCCCACUACUCCUGCGGCGGGAACUUCUUUUGGUGCGAUCAAGUCUGGAUGGCAAACCAUCGGGUUCCGAUCAACAAAGGGCAGGUGCAGGAAAUCCAGCGCUUUUACCUGCCGCCCAUGGAUCCACCGAAAGAAUUCACGUAUGAAGUCGUUGCGGCUGUUUCGGCCGCCUGUGACGAAGAAUUUCACAAGAAAGGCAGCUUUCAGCGGCUGUCUCCGGCCGAGCCCUGCCAUGCUCUGUUGUUUUCCAUCCACGAGGCUAUCUCCGCAAAGGCACCUGAACCUAUUCUUCGUCGAUGGAAAGAACUGCUGCUCACCACACCGUUUCGCUUUGAGCUCGUCCCACAGGGUGAAGCAAGAUUUUGGCGUGCUCAAAACCUACGGGAGGAAAUGGUUGAGCGUGGCAUCACUGUUCGGCUUUCGGUGCGGCAGCGGAUCUACGACGUAGCAGGCUUCAAAGCCAGCAAGGAGGCUGCCCUGAAAACUACACUGGGGGCUGCCGCCGUGGCCAGUGCCUAUCAGAAGCACCUGAAAGCUUCGGCUGGCUCCGAGAUCAUCUCGGAAUCAUUCGUGGACAGCGCCAUAACCGUGCACGACAGACUGCUGAGUAUUCCAGCUUGCAGUGUUUUGCUGGAGGAGCUGGAUGCCCAGUACUUGAAGGGCAACCCACUGUCCAGCAUCUAUGCUUUCCAAGCCAUCAUUGACAAGGCACAGACCCCACAGCACAUCACUUGGGCAGUGGAAGGAAUGAUAGAUGGUUUUCGCAAAGGCUUCGUCGAGCCAGGCUUCUUCGCCGUGAGCAAGCUGCGAGACGCUCGGAACAGCUACGUGGAAAUCUUGAAGCUCAAGCUGGCCGUGAAGAACCACUUGCUCGAGGAAUGGCUCACUGGAAGCACGUUUCCGGGCAAAACCAAAGAAGACCUGCGGUCAGCUUUCAGCAGCUUCACUCACGUACGAAGCAAGUACAGCCCGUACAAAGAAGAAACUCAGGCUGAUACGGCCUGGAUCUUGGGCGCAAAAGACUCAGUUGUUCUGGCAGCAGAACUGCUGGAACAGCUAGUGUACCUUGACACUUUUGAUGGCCGGUACAGGGAUGCGCUGAAAUCGAAGCAUGAAUGCGCUGACGUGCUCGGUUAUCCCAGCAUCAAGAAAAAAAUAGAGGAUAUCGAGGCAGCCUUGAGAAAGGAGUCUAAGCCCGCCGAAGUUCUGUUUGAAGUCCCGGCUGCUCCGGCAGGGUCUGGCGAUGCCCCAGCAUCGUCGACGGGCACUGGUUCGGCUGCUUCGGCCGCAGAAGAGGCCAAACUCACGAAAGACGAACAACAACAAUGGAGGCAGUUCAUGCUCAAGACUCUUCGCAGUCAAGUUCGCUUCGUGUCCGACCACAAAGCCGCUUCCGACCUUGAACAAGCCAUCCGCGACUGCCCGUUUUCGAAACUCAAGGGGGACCCGACGGGUCUGGUGCUGUUACACUUCGAUGUGAAAAAGUUCGGUGAGUCUGCGACCAGGCCAGACCUUCGUCUACCGCCCCUUCGGGAUGGACCGUACACACGCCUCGUCCGUGCCGUCAUGACGGCCAGGCAGAGCGAAGGCUCAGCAGCGGCUUUGCAGCCAGGCGAAGUCGCAGUGUUGCUGGACGGCUUCAAGAAGGGCGCCAAGCAAAAGCUUAUCAACCCUUGGAAAGACGGCACCCGCAAAGAAGCCAAGGCGAAAGGGUCUACUAAAGAAGACGAGGAUGAAGAUGAUGGCGACGGGGAUGACGACGACUGCGAGGAGGAGGAAGACGCACGGCCGAACCUGGUCUGUGACUUGCUGCAGAUUGGCUACACCGAAGCGAGCCUAAACGCCCGACGCCAAAAAAAACGAGGCACAUGCACGAUCAAACAGAUUGAGUGGGCGCACGUGCUGUCUUCCAAGAGGCUCUCUCUUCCGGCCAGGGAGCGCAAGCAUUACGGGCCGGGGUCAAGCACAGGCGACCUCAUCUCAGGAGUGGACCUGCCGAAACUGUCCACUGAGUGGUGCCUCCCAUGGCAACAGAAGAAGACCCUUUACGGGAAAAAACAUUUGAUCGCCGUUGGGGGAAAGACUGAAACCACAGAAGAAACAGAAAAAUCAGACAUGGAUCGCCUGGGCAACAAGCCCGAACCAGUUUGCUUUCAUUCUAUGCCUGGGGCAUUUUAUUCAGAGCUCAUGCACUCCUUUUGGGCGAAGAUGGUCAUCGACCUAACGCCAGGCGACGGCCGAUUCGCUUUCGAAGCGCUGAAGGCCAGGGUGGGCUACAUGGGAAUAACCUUCACCCCUGAACACAGCCAAUUCUUGGAAGAGCACCUGCUUGACUUGAUGAAGCUGGAGAUGUGUGACACAGCAAGUCCGCUCUUCAAUUCGGAAUACGCAGCGGCGGUGGGCAAAAAGGUUCCCAAGGCCAAAGCAACUCCAGCACCUGAUGCAGAUCCCAAAAAGAAGCCCAAAACAAAAGCUACUCCCAAGCGCAAGGCUGAGGAGCAGGAGGCUGAUCCCAAGGCUAAGCCAAAGAAGAAGGCUAAAGCAAAGAAGAAAGCCGAAAAGGAUGCGGAUCAAGAACCCGCAGACGAUGACGCGGAAGAAGCAGAGGACGAAGAACCAGAGGAAGACAACGACGACGACGACGUCUGGGAUCCUCUCGCUACGUGA